UUCAAAAUAAAACACAUAUCGUUUCUAUUGAUGGCAUAUAUCAUAGGAGAAAGCUAUAGGCGCCAUGAAUCUCUAUACAUUAUAUGAUUGGAUAACAUCAUUGCUACGCAAUCGCGGUAGCAACGGCGUCAGCUACAAGGCAGUCGAAGCGGCACCAUCGGAAGAGUUAGCAACAUCGUCAGCAACACAGGGCAGAGGCACAACUGCUGUUGGCCAGCAACAUUCACAGGCAACAACUGGUCGCAAUUACAUAUUGCAACAUGUGGAGGUUGAAUUUAUUCCGACGUUAAAUUUCGUGCUCGAGACACCGUCAACAGUCGGGCAGCAACAAACAAGGCAAGAGCAACAUGUUGCCACGACCUCUGUAGUAGCCAGCGAUAAUGUUGAUAAGACAGAGGCUGACAGCGAUAACGAUUCAACACACACAUACAUAAUCUCAAGGGACAGCCAUUCAACUACAACUACAACAGCAACAACACCACCAACGACCUCCAGCAGCACGCCCUACGCAGUCACAUCCACAGACACCGCCGAGCUACUUAGGCAACAAAAUAAUUUGAGUCUUACAGAGGACGAGAGAACGAUAUCGUCGUUUACUAUCGAUGAGCCCACAAGCUCCAUCACCAUUGAAAUGGCAGAUCAACGUACAACAACAACAACAACAUCGAAUACAACACCAAAAGCAACCUCCACAGCAACAAGUGCUGAGACAACGAGCAGCAUAGAAGAGGAAAUUGAGGAGGCCAUAGAAAUAAGUGAAGUAGAGGAGGAUUUGUUAUCAGGUGGAGCAACUUUUCCGCCCCCCAAGUCCAUCACAGCUGGAGAAAGCAGUCUGAGUGAGCUCCAACAGCACCCAAUCCAACCACAAAGUGCCAAAACCGGUAGCAGUGACGAAGCUGACGAAUUUCGAAUCGACGAUUCUCAACUGUCCGGUGGACAACUGGCGCAACAUUUUGUUGUAGAAGACGAGAGUGAUUCACAGCCCACAGGCUCUAGCAAAGAGACAACGCUCAGUGCCAACGAUGACGAUGAUGAAGACGAUUUUGACAUUAGUUUGCCAUUGGAACGACGAGUGGUGCAUUCGCGACAUGAUGACAAUGAUGAAGAUGAUAUAGAAGGUCAAGCCGUUGACGAAUCUCUGAGCAACCAAAGUACAACAGACGAUGUUUCCGAUCUCGCAGAUGAGCCCAGGCAAGCGCCAGCUACCGAAGAUGAACAGACCCAAGCGAGCAGUGCCCCGCAAACGACAGCCACCAGCUAUGCAGACACCCAAGGUGCUACGCAAGUGAGCGCUGGUGAAUCGAAAAUGGAACCGAGUCAACUGGAAGUCAGUGCCAGUGAAUCGAGAUUAGAGCAGAGUCAAUUGGCAGCCACCUCCGAUGAGGCAAAUAGCGAACAGGAUCAUUCGAUAGAGGAGAUUGUUGCCACAAACGAAUCCGUUGAAAUAACCUACGACGGCGAAGAGGCUGUGGUCAGCAGUUCCCAGCAGACGGUAACCCAGGAUUUCGCGCGGGAAACACAGAUGGUUACAGAUUUGGAUGCAGAAGAGCCGCCAACCGUAAAUGCAGUACAAACACUCAAGCUGCCGCAACUCCAACAGCCCCAAGUAGUCGAGCACAAAUCAGCCAUAGCCUUAGAGACGCUGCCAAUACAGUCUGAACCGCUUGAACUGACAAUCUUGGAGUUGGAUGCCUCCGAAGAGGAUGAUGAGGAGUGCUCCCUGCAGCUCAUGAAGCUGCGAUUACUGGCUAUGCAGCAGCAAACGCUUAGCGAAAAUGGUGCCAAAGUGUCGCCCGCGGAAUCGCCGGUCCCACAUGUGAGCAGCAGUAGUGGAACCGUUAGUGGUAACAGCAUGAUGGAGAUUAAGCAAAUGGAACGUGUGCCGUUAGCUGAAUAUAGCAAGGACGUGCUCGAGGAUAUCACUGAGGAAAGCGAACGUUUGCUUUCGCUAAGCACAACGGCGGAGGAAGAGGGGCAGUCCCUCUCGAUGGAAGAUUCCAAAACUCUGCUAGCCGGCAAGCAUGCAGGCAGCAGCUCCAGCCUGAUUAGCCUAAACAUGCUUAGGCAGCUGGAGGCCAAGGUUCAGGAGCUGCACACUGAGUUGGAGAGUAAGGAUCAAGGCUUGGCUUCACUAAAUGCGCAGCUAGAAGCGGCGCGAAGGGAAGCGAGUGCUGGACCCGGAUCGGCGCGUGAUAGCAGCUCGCUGAUGACCAACUCGACAGAGUAUCGCACAUUGCAGGAGGAAUUUGGGGCGCCGACUCUGGACAUAUAUGUGGAGCUCUCUCGACGCGAUGAGAUGAUUGCCAAGCUAAGCGAUUCACUGCAGCAAUCCUUGAACAUACGGGAACAGUUGCAAACGGAUGCGGAUCGUCUUAAUGGCGAGGUGCAAUCAUUGCGGCGACAACUCAACGAGGCCAUCGAUUCAGUGAAGCGCUGGCCACGCACUCUGGCACCCGAUCAGGAGAGCAACGCCGGACAGCGUCUAUCGGAAAUAUCCAUGGAUCUAAUAAGCGAGAGUGACGAUGAACUGGAACGUCACUUCUUCGAAGACCACGACGAACGAGGUUCGCGCAGUUCCCGUGAGCGUCAGUUAUCUGUGUCGUAUCAGGGAGUACAGCCAUCCAUCGCCGCAACCAUCGACGAGCCGGGCUUGGAGCCGCUGGCGCCCAAUUGGACGCCGGCCUUUAGCAAACAGAUUGAACAAUUCCAGACCUAUUUGCUGCCCAACGAGCAGCGUUUGUUUCUCAUGGUGCAGCGCAAAUUCGAUGACUAUUUGGCUCAGCAGCUGGAACAAUGUCGCCAGCAGGCAGAGGACGAGCUGAAGAUCGCUCGGGAUCAAUGGGAAACCGAGAAAGCGGCCCACAACAGCGCCAUGGCUGAAAUGCAGCAGCAACGCCAGACGCAGCAAGCGGCACACGCCAAACAAAUGGAAGAGUUGCGCAAAUACUUCGAGCACAAGUGCGCCGAUCUGGAGAAACAAUUCUCUGACGACGUAUUCUCGCACAAGUCCCAAAUUCUGGGUGGCGACAGCUCAUCCGAAUGCUCGGAGGCAGAGCAAAUGCCCGAGGAAGUAGCCAGCAUAGUACCAGUAAAGGAGACGUCGCCGCGCAAGCGCAAACGCGCCGAACUGCUGCUCAGUCCCAGUCACAGACAAAUGACACCCUGCGGCCUGGACUCGCUGGGCGAGAAGGGUGCUGGUCGGGAUGGUAACGCCAAUAUAUCGUUGGAAAUAGCUGACUUAAAGACAUUCUAUCAGUCCCACAUACAAGAACUGAAACGCGCUCAUGAGGAAAAGGUGCGCCAGCUGAAGGAGCGUUUAAAGAGUUACGAGCACCCCCAGCUAGAUGACGAUUACUUGCCGACAAACAAAUUAAUGCAUACCUGCCGCCAAACGAUCGAAACACAAACUGAAACCGCGAAGCCAAAUAACGAAUCGCAUCUCACCAAAGAUGGUACCGAUGAUAUAGAGGGCUUGGCCGAUAGUGUUCAGGCCGUUCGUAAUGCCUCGUUAAUCAUCAUCGAUGAGGAUGAAUUGAAUUUCGCGAACGAUAAAGACAAUGACAAUGAGUCUCAGGUGAUCAGACGCAUUAUCGAAGAGUACGAGCGACGAUUGCAGGAGCAAUUGGCAUUGGCCCGUCAGGACAUUGCCGCCGAGCUGGAGCAACAUAUACAGAAUUUACUGUCCGAGAAUACGGUCGAUGAUCAGCACUGGCCGAAGGAGCUGAUCUUGCUGCGUGAGAAAUUUACGGCCAAAAGUCAAUUGGAAAUAACGCAGCUGAAUAUUAAGCAUGCCGAUGAGAUGUCGCGCAUGAAACUCGAAUAUGAGAAACAACUGAAUCGGAAGAACAAACGCCAUCUGACCUUUGACUCGGCGCGAGACUUGGAGCACAUCAUCAGUGAACGGGAUGGCCUGCGCGAGCUCUCGAAGAGUUUCCGUAGUGUGCUCAGCCAGCUGGCCAAGUGUGUGGCGAACUGCGAAGACGAUCUGAAUGCCACGCUAUCCGAGGAGGUGCAACGCUUGCUCGCCCACAGUCGCAGUCAGGAAGGUGGCGAGGAUCAGGACCAAACACUGAGCAGCUCCCUCCUGCACACAUCGCUUAACACGAGCAAGCAGGUGCGCUUUGUGCCCGAUGUGCACAGCCUGCUGGAGGUGGUUGAGGAUCCCAGCCUCUUGCAGUUCAUUGACAGCAAAAGUGUGGAGGAGCAGAGCGAGGACUUUGACUUGAAUGAUUGUCUGGAGCGUUUGAAGGCGGAGGCGGCGUAUUUGUUGCGUCUCUCGGCAGAUCUGCAUCAUCAACGCGCCAAUGCCUCGUCCGAGCAUUUGGAGGAGACAGAGAAGCAGGAGCACGAGCUGUGCUGUGAGGCCGAGGAUGGCCUGAAGGUAACAGCGCAGCAGCAGCAGUGGAAUAAGUUUCUGCGCACGAACUCCCUCAACGAUCAGCAGUUGGGCGUGGCAAGUCAGCGCAAGAGCAGCGAUGCGGGCCAAGGCAAGACGCACAGCUCCUUGCCGCCCGAUUUGCAGAAGCAUGCGGGCAAUGCCUCUGAGCUAAGUUUCCAGCUGAUCGAGCUGAAGAAUCGUCUGAUCAAAUCGGAGACGGAUCGACAGAACCUGCAGCAGCAGCUGACACACACCAUCGAUCGGAAUGCGGAGCUCGGUCAGGAACUGCAGCAGCUACGCGAUCAGCUAUCACAGCUCAGCUCGCUCAAUCACACGGACUACGCGGAGGGCUAUGGCUUGGGCGCCAUCAAGAGCCCACAAUCGCUUUCUGUGGCAGACAAGUCGUCGGCUAGCUUUGCACAGCUGCAGGAGAAGGCGCGAAACCUGCUCUCAUCGCCCACACAACAGAAGCCGCGGGAGCAGAGCCAGAACGGCACGGUGCUUUUACUCCAAAUGAUCGAGGACUUUUGUCGUGAGGGCGACAAGGUGGUGGAGUGCGGCAAAAGAGAUCGCGAGGAUCUGCAAGCACAGAUCGACACCGCUGACAAACAGCUAAAGGCCACGCGUCUCUUUCUGGAAGAACAGGCGGCCGAGCGCGAACAGGAACGCGAUGAGUUUGUGCGCGAAAUCGAGCGCCUUAAGGCACAGUUGCGUGACAAAGAGAAGGAGAGCAGCUCCUUUGCCAAUGCCUCCGAGGAGUACGCACAACUGGAGGCACAGCUGCGCGAUGCGAACAAACAGUUGGAUGAAGCGAACUCCAAACGGGACAAGUUCGAGGUGGAACUGAAGGCCUCCAUAGACAAGAUCUUUGUACUGCGCGAGAUUAUUUCCGAGCUGGAGACGCAGGUCCAGACCAAGGCGCUAAACGAACAGGUGCUGGACGAGAAGGCCAGGCAGCUGGAGGAUUAUGUCAACCUGCAAAUGCGAGCCAACGAUGCACUGCAGCAGGAGGUGCACAGCCUUAAGACGGACAUAGGUGAGGGAUAUCUGAAUCGCAUACGUCUGCUGGAGGAGAAGCUGCAACAUGGACGUCCGUCGGCCGAGCAGAGCCUGGUGCUGGAGCAGGUGGCCGAUCAAUUGCGCGACAUAGAGACGACCCUGGAGCAAAAGACCAAGACCCUAGAGUCCCUGCACAACUCCAACACGGCCUCCAACUCGGGCAGCCUCAGCGUCACCGAAGAUGUGUCCGUACACGGUGGCAGCAAGCCUGCAACGGCGGCUCAAACGGUGCAGGGCUCGCCCACCCACCCAUCACCAUGUCAGCGGUCCCUGACGGUCGAGGGAGUGCAGCGCGUGGCGGAGCGGCUCGACAAGCACACACGCAUCGAGGAGGCAACCCUGAAGCGCAUGCGCGAUCUUGAAAUGCAAGUCAGCCAGCUGCGCAGCAACUGUGUGGAACUGCAACAUGAACGCGACUCGCUGCAGGGCCACAUGGAUGAGCAGACGCGUCGCAUAUCGACGCUGCAGUCGCGCCUGGAGGAGCAGCGCGAACGUGCCGAGGAACUGCAUCGCGUGGGCACCUCCGAUCUCAGUGCUCGCGUCCACGAGCUCCAGAGCGAGGUGCAGAAUCUUAAGGAGCAGCUGACGGCGCGGGACAAACAAAUGGCCACCAUGCGACAGCAGAUGGAACGCAGUAAGGCGGAGAUCACGCGUUUGGAAUCCGAGUUGGCAUCGCGCCUGCAACCGGAUCGCAAUCUGAUCGAGCGUUUGGAAUCAGAUAUACAGCAGAAGAGUCAGGAAAUCCACAAACUCAAGGAGAAGAUACGCAACGAGAUGAUCAAUCGCCUCGCACUGCCCGAUCUCAUGGAAACCAUGCUGGUGGACAAGAACGACGAGAUCGAUCAUUUGCGUGAACAAUUGCAGGCCAAGGAGCGUGAGUUGCAGGCCGCAUUGCAGGACAGCCACGCUUCGUCCUCGCCCCAGGUGGGUGGCAAGCAGGAAACAAGUGCCAAGCUAAGUGCACGCACGCUCAGCGACAUCGGAUCGAUUACAGAGUUCGCCGAGCCGGAUGUGGAACGACGUGCCGCAAUGCGUAGUCUUAAUGUCCUACCCUCGCCGGGACUGUUGAAUGAGAAUACGGGCGGCUUCAUGCACAAAACUAUGGACACGUCCAAGGAAGCUGUUGCCAAUCUCACGCAGCAACGUACCGACGAACUGAGCGUCUUUGCUCAGCCCUAUCCGACCAACACAUUCGAGCAUCCGCACUACUUUCAAGAUCCCACAGCGCUGGCCACAACGGUCCACAAUAGCAGUUCAAUGACGCCUGGCAUAGUGCCGCGGCAAAUCAACUUCUCGAAUCUGACCGAGGACUCCAAGCUGAAGACGCCAAGUAUUUUGCAGCAAACGCCCGAUCUGUCGAAUGUGAUUGCCGUGACCCCUUCGAAUCAGGCUGUGCAGCAGCUAACAAAGGAGAUGGAGGGAUUGCGUCAAAAGCUGGCCAACGUGGAGGAGGAGAAGGCCAAACAGCUGGACGCACUGGAGCGCGAGGCGAACGCGCAUCAGCAGCAAAUCGGAGAAUAUGCAAAGCAACAGAGCGACUUGGAGUACAAAUUGGCGCAUCUGGAAGAGCAGUUGACGCGAGAACGCCAGCUGCUGGCCAAGGAGCAGGCCAAGCAGCGCAGCUACGUGCAGAGCGAACAGCAAUAUCAACGCCGCAUAGAUGGUUUGGAGGCGAAGGUAUUGGAAACGGCGGCCAAGGAGGCCAGCGAACGGGAGUCGCUGCGCAAAGAGCUUACCUGCGUGACGGCCGCGCAUGUUCAGUGCCAGCAGCGGCAGCAGGACGUGCUGGCGGCCCACAAGCGCCAGUUGGAGCAGCUAAACAGCGAGGUGAAGGCGAAAGAGGAACGUAGCCUGCAGCUUGCUUCGCAACUACAAAAGGCACAGGAACGCAUUGCCGAGCUGGAGCUACAAAAGCAGACGUUGGAGCGGGAGCUGGAGAGACUGCGACAGAACGAGCACAGUUCCAAGCAAUAUUCGGUGGACGAGAUUGCGCAGCAGGUGGAGAAGGAACUGAACUACUCGGCACAGCUGGACUCGAACAUAUUGCGGGCCAUCGAGAGCGAGGAGGAGAACAAUCUGGACUCGAAGCUCAAGAACAAACAGUUGCAAGUGGAAGCAGCAGCGGACCAAGCCAAACCAGACUCAACAAAAAUCCCGCAACGUUCUUCGGAGUCUUCGCCCGGCACCGACGACGAAAACUUCAGCGGUGAGCGCGAGCUGCUCAAUCAGAUUGAGGCUCUCAGACUACAGCUGAACGUAGAGCGGGAGCAGUGCGAGAUGUUGAGCAAGGAGCUGUAUGGCGAGAAGCAGCACUCGCAGGAGAUCCAGGAACAGGACGUCGUCAUCAUUGAGGCUAUGCGCAAGCGUCUCGAGAACGCGUUAAGCGCUGAGGACGAGCUGCACAAGCAACUGGAUAUGGAACGCGAGCACGCGGAGCGCUUACAAGCCCAACUAACUGCCCACCAAAGGGCCGAGAGUCGACGCAACAGCUCCAUGUUGCUGAAGUCUCCAACCGAAUCGCCGCGUAAAUCACCGCGCGCCGAUUUCGAAUCGGAGCUGGGCGAGCGCCUGCGCAGCGAGAUCAAAAUGCUGACGGCGCAGAAUGAGCGCGAACGCGAACGUUCCGCGGAUAUACAACGAAGUGCGGAACGCGAACGUCAGCGCCACGAUAAGGAGCUGCAGGAACGUGUCGCCUACUGUGAGCGGCUGAAGCGCGAAAUGGAGAAAUUGACGCGCGACAAGGACAGCGCCGAGCAGGAGUUGGAGCACUACAACGAACGUCUUACCCUACAGGCCGGCGAAAUCGAGAGCUUGGAGUCGCGUCUGGCCACCUUGCAGGAGGCAGAAACACGACGCUCCAACAAUCGAGCUCGACAGCAUCAGGAACAUGCCCAGCUGCAGGCCGAGGUGCAUGAGCUGAAGAGCAAGCUGCUGGCAGCCGAAGCGGCACGCGACUGUCUCGAGCAAAAGGUCACACAAUUGCGUUUCGAUGUCGAGCGUUCGGCACAGCGCGAAGCCAAAUUGGCCGAGGCCUUGGCCCAGGCCAACGAUCGAUUGUCGCACAGCACCGAUGACACAGUGCCUCAGCAAUUUCUGCAGAAGAUGAAGGAAAUAAAUACGCUGCUGGCGGAGAAUACGCAGGAGAAUCGACAGAUGGCCGAGACCGUUCAAAUGCUGGCCAGUGAACGGCUCGCCUUGCAAAAGAAGUGCGAGGAAUUGGAGCAGGGCGGUGGUCAGGCCAAUGUCAGUGAGCUGGAGGAGCGUUGCAGGCAACUGCUCGGCCGCUAUCUCCGCGUCGAGUCACACCGCAAGGCACUCGUCUAUCAGAAGCGUUAUCUCAAGCUCACGCUCGAGGGCUAUCAGGCCAGUGAGCAGAUGGCCUUGCAGGCUCGCGCAGCCACGACAGGAAUAGAGCCACCACAGCGCCGCAAUAAGAAGCGACUGUUCAAAACUGUCGCUCUGGCCAUUAUUGCGAUACAGCGCAUCAAAUACAUUGGACGCAUUUGGCAUACCGGCAAACGUAUUGUGAGCAAAUCCGUCUUCACCAUAACGCAGCAGAGAAGACCUGGUCUCAAUGUGCCACCAACACUUCCAACCACAACUCUCCAGGCAGCCCAAUUGCCCCUCAAUAGCCGCAGCAGUAACUGCAAUUUGCCCACCAACAACAACAACAACAGCAACAACAACAUGAGUGCCAUGACAGCGGGACGUUUGAGUUAUGCGCCCGUCUCGCCGCCUCUAAUGCCGGUUGUGAAUUUUAGUUCAUUGCAGCCCAUGAUGAUGCCCCAUGAUUAUACGCUGCAGGCGCCAGCUGGUGUAUUGCACCCCCACAACAACAACAACAACAGCAACAAUAAUAAUAAUAAUAACAACAACCACAUCAGCCACAACCACGGCAAUGAGAACGCUCUGCCAUCGCUGGCCAAACUGGAUUGGCCAACAAUACAGAAAAAUAAACGCGCGCAUGCGCGACAGCAUUAGUCACAAAUAAAAAACCACAAAUUGAACCUGCAGAAUGCUCAAAGUGUACACAACAAGGAUUAAUUAUUAUUAUUUUUUUAAAUUAAAUACAAGUCGCCCCAUCAUAGCAUAGUGUAUAUGAAUGUUUAAAUCUACGCCUAAUGUAAAGGAGAGUUAAUAUUAAUGUUUUAAGAUGUUCGUUAGUCUCUAAUUUCCUAGCAUAAGUCCCAUGUACACCCAAUCCAGCACAUUCUUAGCAUGUUAAUGUUAUGACACCGCUAACACUUAUUCGUACUUAUAAGUAUGCUUACAUAUACUCGUACACCUAUUGUUAAGUUGAAUUCGUUUGUAUCCCAGUAUCCAUUUGUUUCUAAGCCUGAUUUGACUGAUUAAUUUUCGUUCGGUUAUUAAAAGUUUGUGCUAUGUUUAAGUUUAACAAAGUUUCUUCUACUAUAUUUUAUAUAAAUAUGUCUGAUUCUAUUCUAAGUUAUUUGCAAAUUACUGAACAAUAAAUGUUUCUUAUCAUUUUUCAAUCGUCCCUUUUAAUUUGCUGUUCUCUGUCAUUAAAAUAAAUAACUUGUGCCUUACAUACACACAUUUGUGCGACAAAUUCAAAAGUUUUAACGGAGCCGAAACAUAUAUACACACAUAAUUGAAUUGAAAAUUCAUCUAGCAAGUUAGUUGCAGAAUAAGAACAGAAAUAAAAUAUAAGAAGUUGAAUAAAAGUUCACAAGUA